CCAUCUCCUUCCCAGCAUCCACUUACUGCUUAACAAGCUACCAUGGUCAGCAUCAAACUCGCCGCUGUGCUCCCUUUCGUCGCCUCGGCCGUCGCCAUUUGUCCUGGCUUCAACUUUGGCAUCGGGAACGUCCAAGACUUGGGAAGUGGAUGGAAGCGAUGGAGCAUUUACAACACGGACUGCAAAGCCGUCGAUUCGUUGACUACCACUGGAAACCCUUGCACCAGUGGAACCUUUGGCUGCACCCCUCCACCCAUCCUUUUCAACCGCUACACUAACAGUUUCACUGGCCUUAUCUAUGAUUGCCGACCAGACUCCAGGUCAGGCCGUUGCGGAAACGAUGUCAUCUCCGUUUGCUGCCGCAAUGAUGGAAAUUAGAAGUCUCUUCUAGACUCCCGCGAAUACGUUCAUUUGCUAUGUACCCUCGACGGAGGGUGAUACCACCUCCCAAAGGUCAAUGUAAUAAUAUUUCAUGAGCAA